AUGAAGUCCACGGACACCCUCGUCGUUCUUGCCAAAGAUGCGAUGGCUGGCAGGCGCUGCGUGCCACCGCUCGCAAGAAACGGAGUCUCCAACAAUGUGUCUGUGUCAUUGGGCUCUUGCUGCGCAGAUGUCUUGCGUGAUGAUGGACAGAUCUGCUUGACAGCUUCCGUUGGUGGCCCCAAAGUCGUUCUGCUGUUUGGAUGCCCUCCAGACUUCGUGGAAAUUCUCGACAUCAUCGAUUCCUACUUGGCACCUGGCAGCACCGUUCACAUCCUUUCCAGGAAGCCGAAAGACGCCCGCAACUCGAUCAUUCAGCAGCACUUGAGACUAUCCGGCCGCACGCAAUUCGCUCGAAUAUCAGUCGAGCAGCACGAAGGAGAAAGCACCAGCAAGUGGGAGAUGCAGAAGCUACCGCUUGAUACAGCGAGCUGCGCUUUGAUCCUCGCAGAGAGACUGACGGAGUCGGAGUCGCCCCUGGCAGCUGAUUCGCGGAACUUGACGACUGCAAUCAUGGUCAAGCAGCAGCUGCUGGAGCAGAACAACGGAGGAGCAUUGACCCGUGUGUUUACACAGCACACUCAAGAUAGCUCUGUUCUUAAGGGCAGCCGCCACAAGUGCAAGCUCGUCACAGAGUUGCUGGACCCGAAGAGCGAAGCAGUCCUCGCCAGCAACAGCAGUGUCAGGAGUCAGGGCUCCUACGUGUACACAUCCGCCCGGGAAACAGCUAUCUACGCUGUGGCAUCGGAGCGAAGCGAUGUGUACGAGCUGUUGCUGCAGCUGAGCGAUGCAGACUCAAACAGCGCGUACAUCACUGUUGCGCCUACGUCCCACUAUGUAACUUCGAUAGAAGACCUUUCGUUCUACGACUUGCAGCUGCGCGUUCUUGCUACUUGUGGAGGGAUCUUGCUCGGAUGGCGUGACUUCUCUGAGAGAUAUCCGCAGCUGAACCCGGAUCGGAAGCACGAGAUCAGGGAGUGGUCGGACUACACGGACAUUGAGCUGAUUAUCCUGCGGCACUCGGAGUCGUGCUUCAAGCCGACUGCCUGA